GGAGGGGGUGUUGGUCCUGGAGAGCAUGGCCGCAGGAGCCGCAGCGCCGCUGACUCGCUUCGCUCCCUCCGGAUUGAUAACACCGCUUCUCGUGCGCUCUCGGCUUGUGCGGCGCGUUUCACCCGGAGGCUGCGAGCGUCCACGCGCGCCGGAGAGCUCCGCUUCAGUCGCGCGCGCUGUCGUUGUUGUCGUCCCGCUGGUCAGAACCGCUCGGGCUGCCGCGGGUCGAGCCGCAGCUGAAGCCGCUGCUUGGAGUCCUGUUCUGGGCGUCUCUUGCUGAUUCACGCGGGGACAGGAGAAGAGAUCCCGUGGACCGUGGAUCCGCUGUCUUCAAUUGUGAGUCGCGGGAACGUUCAUUGAGCGGUCGCUAGAGUUCCACGCACAGAACUGCCUCCCGUCUGGAAAAUCCAAGGCGAGUUGGAGAAAGAGUUGGCUGAGCUGCGCGGAGUUGAGCAGGAGAUCGCUGGAGGCUGGAGAAGAAAUACUGUGGAUUUCAAGUGUUUGUUGCUUCUUGAAAUAGAACUUCAUUCGAUUUGACUGAGAAAAAGUGAACCACCUGACUGUUUAAAACCGCUGACUGAACAUAAACGGGAACUGAAACUCUAAUUGUUUCAAAGCAACAAAGUUAAAGAGGACGGGCGAACUCUCGCCUUCUUCCCGAACCUUUAACCCGAACCGGAGCGAACAUGCCGCAGGUGGAAAUGCACCUCCUCUUCCUCAUCCUUGUCAUCGGGAUGUGCGCGUACGGCCAGGACCCGGCUUCCAAGGUGGUGUCGGACCGAUACGCCGUCUACUGGAACCGCACCAACCCCAAGUUUUACCGGGGCGAUUACCACAUCGACGUCUGCAUCAACGACUACCUUGACGUGUACUGUCCGCACUACAUCGGCCCCGUGUCGGACGAGCGGGCCGAGCGCUACGUCCUCUACAUGGUGAACUACGACGGCUACAGCUCCUGCGACCACACUGCCAAGGGCUUCAAGCGCUGGGAGUGCAACCGGCCGCUGUCGCCCAACGGACCGCUCAAGUUCUCCGAGAAGUUCCAGCUCUUCACACCCUUCUCCUUGGGCUUCGAGUUUCGCCCCGGCAGAGAGUAUUAUUACAUUUCUUCGCUCACUGACAGCAAGGGGAGAAGGAGCUGCCUCCGGCUCAAAGUCUUCGUCAGGCCUCACAACAAUUGUGUGAAAAGCCCUGGGACUGUGCAGGAAGGGGUCGAGUUUGAGGACAACAGUCACAACUCUCUAGAACCGAGAGACGGUAUCGGCCACGAGUCCCCGGAGCCGUCGAGGAGGGACGUGAACGCGGCCGUCCGGCCCCAGAGCGCGGCGCUGCUGCUCAGCUCAGCUCUCAUCCUGCUGGCCGCCAUCCUGUCCUCAUAGCGCCCAACGUGAGGAUUCCCCCCCCCCCGGAACGGGACCGCCCUGCCCUGCAACCCCUCCCCUCAAGGAGCACUUUUUUAGACAAAAGACAAACACUGACAAUCUCUCUUAGUGGGCACAGAGAGAAAGAGACUUCAGCAGCGAGCGAAGCCUUGGUUGUUGCUUGACUUUGACAAAAGCCAACUAGUGUGAUUUUGGACUUUCCACUGGGUGCUGAUGGCCGAGGCACCCUGGGGCGUCUGUUCGCCUCGCUACCACUCACAGUAUGCAGAUAUUUCACAUUACUUUGUGUUAUAGACAAGCACAUGUACAUGCUUUUUAACAUAUACACCCCAUUAAACACAAACUGCACAAUCACUCGGCGAAGAAGCACAGCAGGAUCCCUCAAACGUUUACAGACUUUUAACAUGUUAACUUGUUUUGGUUUUUAUUCUGGAGCAUCAUGUAACCACUCCUCACAUCAUGUAACAUGAUUAAAUCAAAGAGGAUCCGGGAGUGACACAUCACAUGCAGGCCAACAAGAAGGAUGUUGUUGCUAGGACACUGUUGCCAAGGGCAAAUAUGGGUUCAGGACGGGCCUUUGAUGACUUAACCUGGAUCUUAGGUUAAAAAAGAUGUGUUGUUUCAGACUGUGGAGGACCCACUGGAGAGGAAAAGAAAAGUUAAAGAUGCACUCAUCUUCUAGUGGUUGGAUCGGGGUGAUUUAACGAUUAACAUUUUUGUUUUUACAAAUCGUGUAAUUCAAAAUAGCAGCCAACUCUGGUGUACAGUAAAAUAUUUGAAAGGAGCUUAGAUGUCGAUUUGGUAUUUUGCCAGGCAAAAUGUAUUUUCCUAUUUAUUGUGAAGUCCUUGUGCUUUUUUCUGUUCUGGAUUAGUCUGUAAGUACAGUAGUAAGGCAAUAAAAAACUAACACUUACCCCACACAUUAGUUCAUAUUUCACACUGUUCCUUUGACACAAUCAUACAAAAACACUGAGAGCGGUUCAUGUAUUGCUUAGCUUGAUUGUUGAUGAUGAGUAAUUGUUUUAUAAGAAAGUCCAGAAAAAAAAAUGUCUGAUGUGUUAUCAGGGUGUAGAACUAGUGGAGUAUUUGUGUUUCAGUUAUGUUAAAGGAAUGUCACAGAUGUAGGUUUACUAUUACACUAUUGCUUUUGUGGAUCACUGUCGUAACACGACUAUUGUAAAUAGAGGCGAAUGUCCUACAGAGUUCAGGGAUGUGUCCAUGCACAACAAUGAAUAAUUUGAAUUGUUUUAUCAGGACCUGGGCUGGGAUUACUUUUCUCUAAAUAAAGCAGCACAAGCUUCCUGUGGAUGCUUUCACUGAGACAGUGGCACAGUUGCAGAGCAGGUGCUGGUGGAGUGUGCAGGGUGGAGUCAAGGGUCGCGUGUGAUUCGAUUGCAUUCUUUGAUGGUGUGUAAAGUGGCGUCUGCACAGAAAAUGCACCGGGGGCACCCUCGUACCGGCUAUUUCUGGAAUGAAACAUCGACCACCAGUAGAGAUGGAAUAGACUGGGCUGAGACGAGGUGUCCUGUUCUCUCAGAGCCGAACUGAAACUCUAGCACCUGAGAAGGAACAGAGAGACAGAGGGAAGAGAGCGAGACGUGACGCUUCACGCUGCUCCUGCUGAGAUCAAUACUCCUCUUCCCCCCCCCCCCCCCCACCCACCCCUUUUUCAAAGCAGGAACAUGCUGUAAACAUAUCUUCUCCACUCAUCACUCUCAGCAGCACCGUUACCUUCACACGCAGCCACUGCCAAAAUAAACUGCAGCCCUCUUCAAACAGAAACUCGGUAGGACCUGCUCACAAAACCAUGCAGAGGUCACUCUGGGGUGAAGAAUAGACUGAAAUGAGAUUCAUCACUUUGGUAGAAAGUGUAGAAGGAGACUCAUGGUCAUGAUAAACUCAGAGUUAAAUGAAGACAAAAUAAUAUUAUUAUUAAUUCAUUAAUUAUUAAUAUUAUUUAUGGAGAAUAACGUUGAAAAUAUAGAACAAACAAGAAGAAAAUAGCAAAACAAUAUACAUCCAGGUUUGUCCCAUAUAGAAAUAAUGUCUUUUUUACAAUAUCAAUGCUAAUAAAAGAAUAAAAAUGUAAAUUUAAUAGAAAGUGAAAUUAUUAUGUAAUAAAUCAUGUUUUACUGAAAUAUCACAUGAAUAAAAAAAGUUUAAUAGCAGUAAAUAUCAUAAAAAUGUCAUAAGUUUAUUCUUUUAUUCAGAGCCGUAUCCUCCAAGUCUCAGAUAUUUAUUAUAUUUGACAGUGGAUUUAACCCUCGUAGUCAUAGAAGAGACUGUUCAUGAGACCGUCCAUCGUCAUAAACAGCACAGGAUUUAGAAAGGGCGACAGAUUGGAUUUUAAUGUAGUAUUAAACACUAUUCACCUUUCAUUUUAUAAUGGUAGAUAAAUUGGUUGUCAUUAUUGAUAAAAGUAAUCCUCCUCCUCAUCAUCGUGUUAUCUAAGCAAUUUGUUAGACUUUCAACAGAAUUCAAUACUUCUCAUUUUCCAACAUCUCAAGUCUACUGAACCAUGACUGAACCUGUAGCCAUGUCACAAUGAGACAAAGCAAGCAGUUUGUGGAUACUGUGUAUCCAACACGUUGUAACAGUGUUAGGUACUCCUCUUUUUUCACACCUCUUCUGAAGGGCAAUUUAACUGACAUUAAUGUUGUUAGUAAGGCAGAAGUCAAUGUUUGAUAUAAAAAUGCUUUAUUUCAUUUUUUAUGUCUUUUAUAUGAAACAGAAGAACAAACAGGUUCAAUAUUCUCCUCCUUUAUCUGUAAAUGUUUCUGUGUGAACAUGGCGCAUAUCAGACAUGUGUGGUCAGGUUAACAAUCAUGAAUCAAAAGGCCUGAAGAAAGAACAGACAACACUCCAAGAGCUGGACUUUUUUUUUCUCCCCUGCUUUUUUAAAAAUGAUUAACUCAAUUUUGUUCCUUGUGUUGUUGCAUCCAAAGGAUUUUCACAGUGCAGGAUGUUCUUUCCUUCUGCGUGUGCUUUUCUCGCUGAGCUUCACCUCCAGCUGUUUCCCAUCCGGGCGAAGGUAUCCGCGGCUACCAUCGCCAUGACAGCAAAUGUUGCAAGAUUCAGGAGAUGCGAUUGACUUUUCCAAGUGUAGCAGCGCGAUGUGUUUGUGGCAGCAUGGGAAAAUUUGAUUUUCCACCUCAAAUUGUACAUGUUUCAUGUUUUCUGAACAAGCUGAGCAUCGUGGAGGGAAAGUAAUGUGUUCUAUGGAUUACUUCUGCACCUGAGUUUAGUACAGUACUAUGUAGCCUGAAGCUAACACCACUGUGUCAAUGGUUUGCAAUGUCUGUAUCUAAAAAGGAUGUGCACUUUUGUCAGCACGUCUAUUGGGAACUUCGACAAAACUGCACAUCUUUUCAUUGUAGUAACUGUACCUUGUGCCUAUAUGAGCCCCAUCCUCAUCUGUACUCAUCUGAACUACGCUCUUUCCUGCUCAGUCUCUCACCACAAUUUUCUACAAAAAGACAAUUUCUUUGUAAAUACACGUGUUGGAGCAGCUCUGACUAACUAAAACAACAAAAAAAAAAGGAUUUAAUAAAUACUUCUUUGUCGUUGUAA